AUGCCCAUUGAUGGAAGAAUAGCGCUUGAGCCACAUCCCCAGCCCAACACAGUGAUAUAUUUUAUCCCUAUCCUUGGAAGUACUCAUGGUAUCUUUCGAAAUCAAAAACCUGUGAACCCUGAAGCAAAUACGAAUAUUAGCCAAAUCAUUUUCUACUGGGGCUAUCCCAAUGAAGAAUAUAAUGUUGUAACCGAAGAUGGUUAUAUCCUUGGCCUGUAUAGAAUUCCUUAUGGGAAGACAAACAAUAAUAAUGCUUCAGCUCGGAGACUCGUUGUAUAUUUGCAACAUGGUUUACUUACAUCUGCUAGCAGCUGGAUUUCAAAUCUUCCCAACAGCCUGGGUUUCAUUCUGGCAGAAGCUGGCUAUGAUGUGUGGAUGGGGAACAGCAGAGGAAGUACCUGGUCUAGGAAGCAUCUAUACUUAAAAACAAAAUCCGAAGAGUUCUGGGCUUUCAGUUUUGAUGAGAUGGCUAAAUAUAAUUUUCCAGCUUCCAUUGAUUUCAUUGUGAAACAAACUGGACAACAGGAAAUAUUUUAUGUAAGCCAUUAGCAGGACACUACUAUUGCUUUCAUAACAUUUUCUACAAUACCAAAGAUAGCUGAAAGGAUAAAAAUAUUUUUUGCCUUAGCACCAGUUUUUUCAAUUAAACACACAAAAUGCCCUCUAAUUAAAAUGGCACACAAAUUAAAGUCAAUAAUCAAGACUUUAUCUGGCCAUGAAGACUUCUUACCUAAAACCUCAUUUAAUGAAUUUGUUGGUACUAAGUUAUGUCCGUUACCAGUUUUUAAUAAGAUUUGUUUCAGGACCUGGUAUAUGAUAUUUGGAAAUGAUACAAACAAUAUAAAUAUGGUGAGAACAAACUCUGCCACCAUAAUGAACAAAUGUAUAUGUCUUCUUAUUUUUGUUUUUCUUUUUUUGCUUCUGCAUUCUAACCACUUGAAAGCUUAUGACUGGGGCAGUCCUGUUCUGAACUUUCUUCAUUUUAAUCAAACAACUUCUCCAUUGUACAAUGUGACAAAUAUGAAUGUGACAACAACAACUUGGAGUAGUAGAAAUGACUUAUUGGCUGACCUGGAAGAUGUUCACAUUUUUUUCUGAAAUCACAAACCUAUUAAUCAUAAAACUAUUUCUUACUAUAAUCAUAUAGACUUUUUAUAUGGAUUAGAUGCUUAUCAUCAAGUUUACCAUGAAAUCUUUGAUAUUAUCCAAAAAAUCUAUAAAGAACCAUGA